GAUGGCAGCAGCAGCAGGAGAGACACAGCUCUACGCCAAGGUCAGCAGCAAGCUCAAGGGCCACAGCAGGCCCUCUCUGCUGGACCCACUCCUGGCCCUGGGCUUCCCGGCGCACACCGCGCUGAAAGCACUGGCUGCCACUGGAAGAAAAACCGUGGAGGAGGCAUCUACCUGGCUUCACUGCCACGGCAACGACCCGACCCUGGACGACCCCAUCCCCCAGGAAUAUGCCCUCUUCCUCUGCCCCACGGGGCCGCUGCUCGAGAGGCUGGAGGAGUUCUGGAGAGAGAGCAAGCGGCAGUGCACCAAGAACAGAGCCCACGAGGUCUUCCCGCACGUGACGCUCUGUGAGUUCUUCACGUGUGAGGACCAGAAGGUGGAACGGCUGUACGAGGCUCUGAAGCGGGCAGGGGACAGGGUCCUGGCGUCCUUCCCCGCCACCGUCCCCCUGGUGCUCCACUCCUCCGCCAGCUACCUCGGCUUCUUCAUCAGCGAUGGCCCUGCAGACACCCUCCGGGAAUUUGCCACGGCGUUCUCCACCGAGGCGGCGGUCUUGGCAGACUGCAGCGUGAAGCCCUGCGCCAAGCAGCUACACCUGACGCUGGCCCACAAGUUCUACCCCCACCACCAGAGGACGCUGGAGCAGCUGGCCAGAGCCAUCCACCCCGGCCAGCCCUGCCAGUGGACGGCGGCCCUGUUCUCCCGAGACAUGCGCUUUGUACACUACCAGACGCUGCGGGCCCUUUUCCAGUACCGGCCACAGAACGCGGACGAGCUGCUGCUCAGCCCCGGCGACUACAUCUUCGUGGACCCCACCCAGCAGGACGAAGCCAGCGAGGGCUGGGCCAUCGGGACCUCCCAGCGCACGGGCUGCCGGGGCUUCCUGCCCGAGAACUACACGGAGCGGGCCAGUGAGGCAGACACUUGGGUCAAGCACAGGACAUACACCUUCAGUCUAGCCAUGGACCUGAACUCCAGGAAGGACGGCGAAGCUGGUGGCCGGCGGGACGGAGAAUUUCACCCUGCAACACCAAGGAGCAUUAGCAGUGUCCAGGCCCUGCAGGCCGUGAUCUCUAGGAGGAGCGUGCUGGUGAUCCGCCAUGGGGAGCGCGUGGACCAGGUCUUCGGGAAGAGCUGGCUGCAGCAGUGCUCCACGCCUGACGGGAAAUACUACAGGCCGGACCUGAACUUCCCCCGCUGUCUGCCCAGCCGGAGUGGCGGCCUAAAGGGCUUUGAGCUCGAUCCGCCCUUAUCAUCCUGUGGGUCUUUCCAGGCCAGACUCGCAGGGGACUCUCUCCUGGACAGCGGUGUCAGGAUCACCGCCGUCUUCUCCUCGCCGGCUCUCCGCUGUGUGCAGACGGCCAGACACAUCCUGGAAGAGCUCAAACUAGAGAAGACAGUGAAGAUAAGAAUAGAGCCAGGGAUCUUUGAGUGGACCAAAUGGGAGGCCAGCAAAGCCAGCCCGAGCUUCAUGGCCUUGGCAGAACUGAGAGAGGCUGGCUUCAGUGUGGACCCUGACUACAGGCCUGCAUUCCCCCUCUGCUCCCUCCUGCCAGCCGAGAGCUACGCGCAGUACGUGGACCGCUGUGCACGAAGUAUGGAGCGGGUCCUGGGUGCCUGCCCCCCAGAACCGGGCACCAUCCUCAUCGUGAGCCACAGCUCUGCCCUGGACUCCUGCACCCGGCCACUCCUCGGACUCCCACCCCGGGACUGCGGAGCCUUCGCCCAGCUGGUGAGAAAGAUCCCUGCCCUGGGCAUGUGCUUCUGUGAAGAAAACACAGAGGAAGGGAAGUGGGAGCUGGCCAGCCCACCCGUGAGGACUCUCACGCACGGGGCCAACGCGGCGUUCAACUGGAGGAACUGGAUCCCAGGCAGCUGAGCCACGGCAUCCAGUGAGGAGCGCCUCGUGGGCCAUCCCCGCCUUGCCCAUGCAACUCGCAGGAGCACAAAGCACACUGAUGGCGGGACACCUGCGCCUGCCUCGGCUCCGCUGCCAUGUGUGGCUCGGCUGUGCGUCCAGCUGCAGUGUCCUGAGACCUGUGACGAGGGGCCAGCCGCAGCCUGCGGGGAGAUAGGACCCAAGCCUGGCUUCCAGGAGCCGACGCCCGGUGUACACUCACACUCACACACGCUCACACUCACACACGAAGCAUCUGUCCAGCUCUGGGUGCUGACUUCCCAGGCUGGUCCCAGCUGUCUGUCCCUUUCCUAUUUUCAUCAACACCGUGACGAGAGGUGCAAUCGACAAUAAAGGGAUCGGAACCCAGAGCCGCGGCA